AUUAAUCAGUACGUAAUCAGCAUCUCGCACGAUGAGACAUCUCCUGUGUGUGGUGAUUGUGUUCCUUGCUGUAAGUGCAAACCAUGUUUGCCGAAGUGCUAGAUUCCAGAAAUUUUCUAUUCCCGACGUGGAAUUUGAGUUCCUAAAACCGCGUGGCUUCCGAGCCAGCAUUCCCGGCGUUCCCGGAAUACAGCUGUUCGCGUUUCAUGCUCGCAUCGACAAGCCGUUCCAGCAGUUCGAGGAAGGCGAUUAUGCGGACGACGUAACCGAGCCAUCGCCGGAUGGUCGUUGGGCUUACGAGACUACGAAGGCCACCGUAUCCGAUGACCAAACCAUCCACUACUGGGUGUACGUGCAGCACGAGGAUCAGUCCUACUGGUUGGCCAAUCAAAAGCAGAAGAAGAGAGCGGCUUUGAAAACUACCACGACUACGACAACGACGACGACGACUACCGUUAAGCCGAAAACAAAUAAAGCGACUAAAUCGUCCGAGAAAAGCACUACAACCACUCAGGAGCCAUGUAUCCCGACGGUUACCACCGUCAAUGGGAAGCCCAGUUGUGGCGGGCGAAUGAUUUUUGAGGAUACUUUCCAAUCGUUGGAUUUACAGAAAUGGCAAAGGGAGGUGAGGAUUCCCUUGGACACGGAGUCGGCCGAGUUUGUGUCCUAUCAGGAAUCGCCGGAAAACAGCUACGUCGCCGGAGGGCAUCUUUUCAUCGUACCGUCGCUGCUCAACAUGAACCCGGAUUUCAACGAGGAACGUAUCCGCACCGGGGAGCUGAACCUUUCCGGCUGCAAAUCGCCCACCAACAACGAGUACGAGUGUCGCCGGAGGGCCGCCCUUUCCACCAUCCUGCCGCCGGUGGUUUCCGCCAAGCUCAACACCAAAAACAGUUUUCGCUUCCGAUACGGUCGGGUGGAGAUUCGCGCCAAGCUGCCCAAGGGGGAUUGGAUUUUUCCACAGUUACUGCUCCAGCCGGCAGAAAAUUACUACGGCUAUGCGGAUCUGGCCUCGGGCAUGCUGCUGGUGGCCCACGUCCUUUCCAACGAGCAACUGAUUACGCGGGAAGGCAUCCGAGCUGAUGGACAUCGGUUGCGGGGUGGUGCCAUUUUAACGACCAAAGCCCAGCUCCGGGAAGCAUUUCUGAAAGCGAACACUUUGGAUGAGCAUUUCAGCGAUAACUUUCAUACGUUUGGGUUGGUUUGGAAGCCGGAUAGCAUCGCUCUGACCGUGGAUGGAUUCCAGUAUGGCACCCUGAGGGAGCGAUUCAAGUCGUACGGCGUGACCAACAAUUUGACCCAGGCGAAUUUGUGGAAUCCGGACAAUGCCAUGUCGCCGUUUGAUCAAGAGUUUUACCUCUCGCUUGGAGUGGGAGUUGGGGGCGUCACGGAUUUCCCCGAUUUCAGCAUGACGGGCCCGUUGCGGCAGCCGAAGCCGUGGAACAACACCAGCCCCAAGGCGGAGUACUUUUUCUACCAGAAUAGAAACGUGUGGUUCCGGACGUGGACCGAACCGGAGCUGAAGGUGGACUACGUGAGAGUAUAUGCAUUGUGAGAAUAGAAAGGACCACUUUUUGAUGUGAACCUGCCAAUUAUUUCCGAAAGAAACUCUCCGGCCGGCAGCGACGCAAUAGCAUACUUUUUGAAUAUUUUACCAUUUUGCUAAUCAGGUCGUUCGUUAAUCCACGGCAAUGAACAAACAAGGUGCUAUGAAGUUGGUA